AUGGACUCGUUCAUUGAGGAGAAGAAAACUCGGCUCAACGGUCUUCCACCCGCCGCCUCGGACGCCCGCCAAAACACCCGCUCCUGGCCCAGAGUCCAGCGUUGGCUCCUCGCCGCCUGCAUCCUCCUAUCCGUCAUCUGCCUCUCCCACUUGACACUCAAUAACCAUGCCAACCCGUCGGCACAGCAUUCUCCCCGUCUCCGACCAUGUCCCCUCUCCCCACCCACAUCCAAUCCCCUCCCCGCAAACCGCAAGCGCCUGAACGCACUCUUGAGCGAAAAAUUCGGCGGAAAGCCUUUGACAUUUGCCCUCCCCACCAGCGCGCGCACGCACCGCGAUGACAGCGACAUGGAAAACUCAGGCUGGAGGACGUCGUCGAAUGUCAUGUAUAUCCUGGGGCGGUUCGGGAUCUCCGACGCCGUCGUCAUCGUCGACCGUAAGGACGAUACCGAACUGAACGUUUCCAUGUUUCUCCCCGAACAAACAGAGCGCCAGAUGAUCUUCGAAGGCGGGUUUGCCGACCCAGCGGUGCUCGCGCGAGAAUUCAACGUGCAGCGCGUGGGUAGGAUCGCAGACGUGCCCACCUUCUUGGGAAACCGGACGGUGUUGACGCUGUGGCGGGACGAGUUGACCGCGACGUUGGGCAAAGAGGCCGAGAAGGUUGACAUGGUGGAGAGUGAGGAGCUGCGGGAGGCCUUCGAGGAGGCGAGGUUUGUGAAGAACGAAGCGGAGUUGGAACAUAUUGCGUAUGCUGGUCGCGUGGCGGCGUGGGUGCAUCGGGAGGUGGAGAAGGAGAUUCGGCACGGAAGGCAUGUGAAUGAAAUCACCCUCGCCUCCCUCUUCACCCACCUCUCCGCAACCUGCUCCUCCCGUCUCCAAGCCUAUCCCCCCAUAGUCGGCGCCGGCACCCACGCUUCCGUCCUACACUACCGCACUGGCGAAAACGAAACAGCCGGCUACAACCCCAUAACAUCCCACCCGAAACCCACCUUCGUGCUUAUCGACGCGGCGGGCGAGUACCGCGGCUAUGCGAGCGAUCUUACCAGGACGUAUGCGAGACAUGGACGGUGGAGUAAGGAGAUGAAGGUUGUGUACGGGAUUGUAGAGAAUGCGCAGAACGAGGCGUGGGAGACUUAUGGGGAGGGCGUCGAGUUGGAGGAGGUCAAUCGGGUGGCGUUCAGGUCGCUCCUCACCGGCCUGAGCAAGCACGGAUUCUUCAAACCGGAAUUCUCUGUGGAUGAACUCCUAGAAGCCGGUGCACUAUACGUCUUCAUGCCCCACGGCCUCGGCCACCCCGUCGGCCUCGACGUGCACGACCCCACCCCCUCCAAAUACCUCAACUCCAGGGCUUCCACCCUCACAGCCCCACCCGCCUUCGUCACCCUCAAAUCUCCACAAGCCAACUACCUCAUCCCGCGCGGGCACGUCAUGACCAUCGAGCCUGGGAUCUAUUUCAUACCAGCCCUGUGGGAGGUGUUGAAGGCGCAAGGGGAGGCCGGGCUGGGACGGUUUGUGGAAUGGGAGGUUGUGGAGGGCUUUCGGGGGGUGGGUGGAGUGAGGAUUGAGGAUGUGGUGAUGGUUGAUGGGGAGGGGAGGAGGAGGGUUGUUACGAGGGUUUGA